UCGUCAUUUCCUGCCAGUACCGGUGUGGACGGUGCGGGUCGUGGCCGCCGGUUCUCCGGUUCUCCCCCUUCCCUACUUUCCUCCCUCCUUCCCUCUCCCUCCCUUGGCGGCUGUCGGUCGCCCGUCGCAGACUCCCUGACCCAUCCCCAACCCUUUCCUGACCUCGGUCCUACCCGAUUGGUCUCUUUUUCCUGUUUUUUUUUUUUUUUUUUUUUUUUUUUUUUGGCCCAGUCCCAGCCGCCAGUGUCAGGGCGGGGGCCUUGAGCCAGAGGCUGCGGCGGAGGAAAGAAAAGACGAGACGACCCUCGGCUCCGCAGCGGGAUCGCUCGGUUCGCUGCCGCCAUGGCAAUGAGGCAGACGCCGCUCACCUGCUCGGGCCACACGCGGCCUGUGGUUGAUUUGGCCUUCAGUGGCAUCACGCCCUAUGGCUAUUUCUUAAUCAGCGCUUGCAAAGACGGGAAACCUAUGCUCCGCCAGGGAGAUACAGGAGACUGGAUUGGAACAUUUUUGGGUCAUAAGGGUGCUGUUUGGGGUGCAACAUUGAAUAAGGAUGCCACUAAAGCAGCUACAGCAGCUGCAGAUUUCACUGCCAAAGUGUGGGAUGCUGUCUCAGGAGAUGAAUUGAUGACCCUGGCUCAUAAACACAUUGUCAAGACUGUGGAUUUUACGCAGGAUAGUAAUUACUUGUUAACUGGGGGACAGGAUAAGCUGUUACGCAUAUAUGAUUUGAACAAGCCUGAAGCAGAACCUAAGGAAAUCAGCGGUCACACCUCUGGUAUUAAAAAAGCUUUGUGGUGCAGUGAGGAUAAACAGAUUCUUUCAGCUGAUGAUAAAACUGUCCGCCUUUGGGAUCAUGCUACCAUGACAGAAGUGAAAUCUCUAAAUUUUAAUAUGUCUGUUAGCAGUAUGGAAUAUAUUCCUGAGGGAGAGAUCUUGGUAAUAACUUACGGACGAUCUAUUGCUUUUCAUAGUGCAGUAAGUUUGGACCCAAUUAAGUCCUUUGAAGCUCCUGCAACCAUCAAUUCUGCAUCUCUUCACCCUGAGAAAGAAUUUCUUGUUGCAGGUGGUGAAGACUUUAAACUUUAUAAGUAUGAUUAUAAUAGUGGAGAAGAAUUAGAAUCCUACAAAGGACACUUUGGUCCUAUUCACUGUGUGAGAUUUAGUCCUGAUGGAGAACUCUAUGCCAGUGGUUCUGAGGAUGGAACAUUGAGACUAUGGCAAACUGUGGUAGGAAAAACAUACGGCCUUUGGAAAUGUGUACUUCCUGAAGAAGAUAGUGGUGAGCUGGCAAAGCCAAAGAUCAGUUUUCCAGAGACACCAGAAGAAGAGCUAGAAGAAAUUGCUUCAGAGAAUUCAGAUUCCAUCUAUAGUUCAACUCCUGAAGUGAAGGCCUGAGCAUUGGGCAUAUGCCACAGAUAAUGUACAAGUUAUGGACUAAAACAAACAAGCAGAGAAAAGCAUCAGCCUCCCAGAGUUACUCUCUGCUUAAGGCAAACAUGAGCAGUAAAUAAUGGGGAAUAUGAAUAGCUCCAGUGCUGGAACUAACUUGGUGUUACCUGUACGUGAAAAGGCAAGAGUAUCAGAUGAAGGCAGGUGGAAUUAGGCCCUUGUGGUAUGAUGGUGGCCUAUUGUCUUUUUAAUGAAUAUGUGUGAGCCAACAACCAAUUUCUCUUAUUACACUUAGAGUUCUUGUAGCUGUUUAUGUUAUUAUGGAGAAGAAAAAUAUAUUGGCCUAUUUUUCUGACUUUUCCCUUAAAGCAGAAAGCCCUUUUUUUUUUUUUUUUUUUUUUUGCUUUAGUUGUAAAGAGGGAAUACGUGAUAAAGUAAUUGGUUUGAUUUCUCUUUCAUUGUACACUGCUUCUGAACAUCUAAUUGUUUUAGUUGUCUAAAUAAAAUGCCUCUAAAACAAAACAAUGUUUGUUUCCUGGGAAAAAUACAGAUUUGAGUUUAUAAAUGGAAAUUGUCAGAGAAGUUUUUUUUCAUCAUAACUAUAUCAAAAGACAAUAUGGUUAAACAAUCUUUAGUAAACAUAUUGUUUCCUAAUUUUGAAAUUCAGUUACUUGUACUGGAUUUUUAAAAUUUCCAUGUUUUUUGCUGGGUUUGCACUUAAACCUUCCUCCAAUAUUGGACAGAAAUGCUUGACCUGCUUCUUAAAAAAUUUUUCAGAGUAAUGACUUAAGUGACACAUGCCUAGUUAUAAGAAAAAAAAUAAGGUGAGUCAGAAUUGGCUGAAAGCAGGAAAAUCACUUAAAAUCAUACCAUCCCCCAAAUCUGUUAAAAUUCAGUGAGCAUUAAUGGCCCUUUUGUGUAUCUGUAUGUCUGUAUGCAGUUAGAAAAUAUUUUAUAAAACUGGGAUAAUUGUAGCUCUGCAAUGUUUACUUUAUCUUUCAAGUGCAGAUGGCGUUCAAAAAACCUUUUUACCAACCUUCUAAUAAAGUGGGUCAACUGGG